AUGGCUACCCAGUAUGCUAAGGACCAACCCCCAGGCUUCGUCAACGCCAUCAAGAACGUGGCCCUCGUUGGUGCUACAGGACAGAUCGGAAAAGUCUUCACAGAGUAUCUUCUCAAGUCUGGCAAGCAGACUGUUACCGCCCUUACCCGCAAGGGUAGUAAGACGACCGUUCCAGAGGGUAUCAAGCUUGUUCAUAUCGACUACGACGAUGAGGUUUCCCUCGUUGAGGCUCUGAAGGGCCAAGACCUCUUGGUCAUCACUCUAGCCCUCACGGCACCUCCCGACACCCAUAGCAAGCUGGUUAGGGCGGCUGGUAAGGCGGGUGUUUCUUACAUCGUACCUAACGCUUACGGCGUCGAUUUCUACGGCCACCCAAAUUUCCAAGAUGACAUUGAGGCUCUUAAGUACAUCUAUGCCAGUGUCAAAGAGGUCGAGGAUGUUGGAGCCAACUGGCUCGCCAUCACACCUAACUUUUGGUACGAGUAUAGCUUGGGCGUCGGACCUUUCACAUACGGAUUCGACUUUCCCAACAAGAAAGUCACUUUCUAUGAUGAGGGUAAGACUCGGGUGAACACGACUACCUGGCCUCAAACUGGACGUGCAUUGGGAGCUUUGGUCAACAUGAAGAAACUCCCACAGGACGAGAACGACAAGUCCACUACUCUGGCACACUUUGCGAACAAGCCCGUUUACAUCAAGAGUUUCACUCUUAACCAGCGAGAGUUACUUGAUAGUGUUAACAAAGUCUUGGGCCAGACUGAUGAAGACUGGACUAUUUCUUAUCAAUCAACCGUCGAGCGUUUCCGGGAGGGAUUAGAUGAACUCUCUAAGGGAGUGGACACGGGCUUCUUGAAGGCUUUGUAUUCUCGUGCGUUCUAUCCUACUAGCGAUGGUGUUUUUCAGACUCACAAUGAUCUUUUGGGAUUACCUGAGGAGAGUUUGGAUAAGGCUACUCUGGCCUCUCACAACUGGGCUAUUGCCCAGGCAGAGAAGAACGAGGAGUAA